CCCUAUCCCCCAUGUCCCGCCUCGCCCUCCUCGCCCUCGCCUCCCUCGCCGCCGUCGCAUCCGCCAAGUCCGGAUGGGGGGGAUCCUGCUCUCAAGCCAACACCCAUCUCGACCAGGCCAACUACCAGCUCGUCACCGACUGUGACGCCACCACCUACUGCAACAGCAACAACACUUGCGCGUGGAAGGGAUGCAGGAGGAAUACCUAUCCUUACGGCUACAACGACUAUUCUUUCGACCAACUACCGCCUUUGUGUCCUACUGGAGAAUUCUGCCCUGACGAGUCUGACCAGUGUUUGACCCAAGUCCCUGUUGGAAGCAGUUGUCAGAAGGAUCGAGACGACGAGUGUGCCCAGCCAGACAACUGGAAGGACCUCGCCGGCUACCUCAACACCAACGGUAGCAUCUGCCUCCAAUAUACCUGCUACUACGCCAACGUGACUGUCGGCCAAACAUGUGUCAACGACAACACUGCCUAUACCGCUUACAAGGAGGACGGUUCAGCCUACGCUUUCAUCGUUUCGCGAGACAACUGUGCCAAUGGCCACUACUGUGAUGCUUCCGACUCGUUGUGCUACAAGGGCAAGGCACAGGGUGUUACUUGCAGCGGCAACAAAGAGUGCCUGUCCUACAAUUGCGCGGACGAUGGAAAGUGUGGUAAAGCGGCCGACGAUGUUAUCCACCCCCCUGUCUGGCAAUAUGUCCUUAUUGGUCUCGGUAUCUUCAUCUUGAUCGGUGCCGUCAUGACCACCCUCUGGUUCGUCCACCGCCGCGUCCGUAACCGCAACCAAGCCAUGCUCGAACAAUACUACAACGAGCAAAUCGCCUACCGACAAUCCAUCAUGUCCAUGACCCACGCCAAACAAACCCUCGCCAACCUGCCCCCUGGCCACUCGGUUAACGACGCCCGGGCGUCCUUGUACGGCGAUAUGCCCCCUGUCGGCUGGACGUCUGGUGCCGAGAUCCCCUUGCCUCCCAAUAUGAGGCGCGACAGCGCGAGUAUCUAUAGGGAGGGCUCAGGGCAAGGACAGAGUGAGGUGCAGUUGAUGCCUCAUCAGAGAUACCAGGACGCGCCCGAGUCUUCUUCCCGGUUUAGGGGCGGCGCGUUGUAAGGUGAGAUGUGGCUCAGGACGAUGUUUUACGACUCUUUUAUUCAUUCGCGUUUGACCAUAUAUACGCACGUAACCUAUGGACACUUACCCCACCCCCACCCCCCUUCCCCCCUGAUUAUAUGUAUCUUCUACAUACAUAGCUUGAUGGCUUUCUUUUUAUAACGCCAUUAUUUUUAUCUGUUAUCCUUCUAUUCUUUCAGUCAAACCACGCUUUAAAGAGCGCAGACUGAGCGUGUUGUUAUUUCUCCCAUGACUGGUAUGAUACAUGAGCAUGAACCUAUCCUUCAUAUACGAAUCUGGCCCAGUUGUCGCAGUGAACCAUCGUCUAUCCUUCAGCGCUACACUCCCGUACGAAUACUCUAUGAA